GGUAUUUUCAUCGAGAUAUGAAGCCAGAGAACAUUAUGUGCAAUGGAACAGAAUUGGUGAAGAUUGCUGACUUUGGACUGGCGCGAGAAGUACGAUCCAAACCGCCCUAUACCGAUUACGUAUCUACGAGAUGGUACCGGGCGCCCGAAAUCUUGUUACGGUCAACUUCCUACAAUUCGCCAAUAGACAUUUGGGCCUUAGGUUGCAUCAUGGCGGAGUUGUAUAUGCUUCGACCGCUGUUUCCCGGUACUAGUGAACUCGAUCAAUUGUUCAAA